GUAUAGGUUUUAUAUUUUGAAGUACUCCUAAAACAAUAUACCAACGCAACGCAGCGUAUAACUUUAUAGUCCCCCAAAAAGGACGUUAAACGCAGAGCUUCUGAUACAACAAGUCCAAACCAAACUAUACAGCCGCAACACAUUGAUGAAACACUGCGAAAAACCCCAAACAAGACAGCAGAGAAAGUGUUGGUGUGAAUAAAUCAAAUAGUGAAAGAUGCAGAGGUUUAAAGGGGUUUUAGAUUCAAGAUUUUCACUUCAAAAGUUUGGGUUUUUGUCUCCUUACAGAACUUAUUUAGCUCAACCUAAUUACAUCUCCCAAAAUGACCAUGACCAUGAACAAGAUCAGGUUUUGGUUGAAGGAAGAGCUAAUACAAGAGCAGCAAUUCUCAACAGACCUUCUUCACUAAAUGCUAUUACUACUUCUAUGGUUGAUAGGCUAAAGAGAUUGUAUGAAUCAUGGGAAGAAAAUUCUCAUCUUGGGUUUACCAUAAUAAAGGGGAGCGGGAAUGCUUUUUGUUCUGGGGCUGAUGUUGUAGACCUCUAUCACUUGAUUAAUGAUGGAAAAGUUGAAGAAUGUAGGAAAUUUUUCAAUACGCUGUACAAAUUUGUAUACGUCAUGAGAACUUAUAUAAAGCCCCAUGUGGCUAUUGUGGAUGGAUACACUAUGGGAGCUGGUGCUGGAAUAUCUUUUCCUGCAAUGUUCAGAUUGGCGACUGAUAGAACAGUGUUUUCUCAUCCAGAGACGCAGCUGGGUUUCCACCCUGAUGCAGGGGCCUCUUUUUACCUUUCUCGUCUACCAGGUUAUCUAGGGGAAUAUCUGGCACUGACUGGAGAUAAGCUGAAUGGUGUCGAUAUGGUUGCCUGUGGCCUUGCUACCCAUUACUGUUUGAAUGUGAGACUUCCAUUGAUAGAAGAGCGCCUUGGCAAAUUGAUUACAGACGAUCCUUCGGUGAUAGAAAGUUCUCUUGCUCAAUAUGGUGACCUUGUCUAUCCAGAUAAGACAAGUAUUAUUUACAAACUCGAAACAAUUGAUAAAUGUUUUAGCCACGAUACAGUUGAGGAAAUUUUUGAUGCUCUGGAAACGGAAGCACUUAAUGCCACUGAUGAGUGGUGUAAGGAGACCCUGAAGAAACUGAAAUCAGCCUCACCGCUAAGUUUGAAAGUCACUCUGCGAUCUAUCCGUGAUGGGAGGUUUCAACCGAUCGACAAAUGUCUAGCUCGGGAGUACAGAGCAUCUGUUUCUUGCAUAUCCAAAAGAGUUUCCAAUGACUUCUGUGAGGGUUUUAGAGCUCGAUUUGUUGACAAAGACUUUGCUCCUAAGUGGGAUCCUCCUACUCUUGAAAACGUAAGCGAGGACAUGGUUGAUUGCUUCUUCGCACCACUUGGUGCACACGAGGCUGAGCUUGACUUGCCUAUAUCAUUGCGAGAACCAGAUAUUUGAUAUCCAUUGUCUUUCAUAAACCAAAUUUUUGUAGCAUUUAGGAUAUGGACUUCCCUAAUUCUGCAUUUUAUUUGCUAGAAAUUACAUAAAUAGUCCAACACAAUUUGUCGUAAGCGGCUGAAAAAACAGUAAUUGUUCAAACUGCGUUCUUUUUUAUCAAGAUCCUUGUUAAGCUCAAUAAAUAUUGCUAUACGCUUGUUGGAAA